AUGCCAACCUCCUCUGGGAAUGUUUCAAGUAUUGAUGAAGAAAGAUCAGUAGCUGAGGCCACAGACAUUGCGGACAAUACUGAGCCUGUAUAUCAUAACAGCUGUGUAAGUCAGUUUGAGCAUAAGCCUGAAGACAAUCAUGGUGCCUCUGGGCCACCCGUAGAUGCUAGUGAUCUAGAAGACACAGACAGAGCACCAACUAGUAAUAUCCAGCACUCAGACACCACAGGGAGUUUAGAAGACACUAUUAUCAACCCUGACACCGGGGAUGUUGACAUCUCUGAUGAUAUCGAAGCGUAUGCUAACAAAAGAAGCAAUGAACCUGAUACCCAUGACUACAAGGAUCCAAACAAAAGAGUACUGACAAAUCCGAUGUACGAAGAACUGCCUGACACUAGCACACAGCAAACAGAAAACAAUGUCAGUAAUGAACACGACCUACAGGGUCCCUCCAACACUAAUGACUCAAAGGGUGACAGGAAAAUACAAAAGCUUCAAUCCCAACCAAACAUGAAAUCACUACAGCAAAAUGGGAUGUACGGAGGAUACAUUCCCAACCAGUGGGCAGGAGAUGACUCUCCAAUCUAUCGUUAUUGGUGGCUCAUCGUUUUAGUCAUGGUUGGACUGCUAACAACAGGAAUACUUGUGGGGAUGAAACACAACACCCAGGAUCAUGGUAACCCCACGGUUCCCCCAGUGCAUAUGCAAGAAUCCACAAACUGGAGUACUACCAUCAUAGUGAUGACAGAACCUGAUAAUACCAACCAAACUAGCCUUGGAGACACGAAUGGAUUGAGCACUCAGAAGCCUAAGAUUGGAACAAUCAUCACAUUUGGUGGGUACGGAAAAGGCUGGAAAAAACAAGGCGACUGGAAAAAAAUGAAAAACCGCAAAUUGUACGGCAAGUUCAACCAGGUGACUGGAGUGGCCGUGUCCUCAAAUGACGAGGUAUUUGUGAGUGACAAUUGGAACAGACGAAUCCAAGUCUUCAACAUGAAGGGUGUUUUUCUCCGCAGUUUUGGCACAGAUAAGAUGAGACCCCUGGACAUUGUCAUCGACCAGAAUGAUACCCUGUGGGUUCUUUUGACACGUACAAAUCAUGCCCUAAAUAUCAAUCGCUACAGCAAGGAGGGCCGUGUUCUUGAACGGUUCACGUGUGCAGCAAAUUUGAAGUUCACCAAAAAAAUUGCCUUGGACACACUUUCCAAUGACAUCAUAAUAACAAGGAGAGAAGAAAAAGUGAGGGCUGUAUCAGCUGGCCGGUUUUAUAAAAAAUCAUGCGCAGUGCAAGCUUUUGGGCCAGAAGAACUGAUGUGGCUGAAAUGGCCAGCGUCUGUUGCAGUAGACAAGGAAGGGAACAUCUACAUCACUGAGCAGCAAAACCAUAAAGUUCUCAAGUAUGACAAGAAUGGAAAAUACAUCAACUGCUUUGGCCGCAAAGGUGACGAAUCUAGUAACCACCUGAAGUCUCCUGUGGGCAUCUGUGUGGACAGUUUGGGUCGCAUCAUUGUGGCCGAUAAUGGCAACAAUCGGGUGGAGAUGUUCACAGCUGAGGGAGAAUAUAUUGCUAAUAUUGCUUAUAUUACCCGUCCCCAGUUUGUUGCUAUAGGAAGGGAGGGUCAGCUAAUCGUGAGCAGUCAGAACAACUAUGUCACUAUCUUCCCAAAAUACUGA